CGACUUGACUUUAGCUCUAACUUCUAAGUCAAUUUGUGAUCCACUAUGCAGAAAUACAUCAUAUCUUUAUUUAUGUCAAUCCCCUCUCUCGCAUUUCUAAUAUCAAACACCCAUUCUUUCCUAAAAAGUUUUCAUCAUGUCUCAAUCGCUUAUGCGUUUGAAUUUUCUCUUGCUUCUCUUACUCUCAUGUGUCUCCCCUUCAAUUUUCUUCACAGUUAAAAACCAUGUUGUUGGUCUUGUUGCUUGUGGUCCUCACCAGAUUCAAGCCUUUACACAGUUCAAGAAUGAGUUUGAUACUCAUGCUUGCAACCAUAGUGAAUCCUUAAAUGGAGUGUGGUGCGAUAACUCCACAGGCGCGGUCACGAAGAUACGACUCAGGGCCUGUCUCAGUGGAACUCUGAAACCCAACAGUAGCCUCUUCCAGUUUCAUCAGCUCUGUUCCCUUGAUCUCUCUCACAACAACUUCAUCCUCUCUUCACUCCCUUCCGAGUUUGGAAUGCUCAACAAAUUAGAGGUCUUAAAACUUUUUUCUAAUGGCUUCCUCGGCCAAGUUCCUUCCUCAUUUAGUAACCUAAGCAUGCUUUCUGCUUUAGAUAUUUCUGAUAACGAGCUCACUGGUAGUUUAUCUACACUAGUGCGGAAUCUAGGCAAGCUCACAGUUUUAGAUGUUUCUCGUAAUCACUUCUCUGGAACUCUGAAUCCCAACAGUAGCCUUUUUGAGUUGUACCACCUCACUGACCUUAAUCUUGCUUUCAACAACUUCACUGCCUCUUCACUCCCUUAUGAAUUUGGCAAUCUCAAACUAGAGGUCUUGUCUGUUACGUCUAAUAGCUUCUUCGGUCAAGUUCCUCCCACAAUUAGUAACCUAACCCAGUUAACUGAGUUGUACCUUCCCACAAACGACUUCACUGGUAGUCUCCCACUUUUACAAAAUCUAACCAAACUGUCCUAUCUAAGACUUUCUAAUAAUCACUUCUCUGGAACCAUCCCUUCUUCUCUCCUCACCAUGCCUUUCUUAUCAUAUAUUCAUUUAGGUAGAAACAAUCUUAGGGGUUCUAUCGAAGUUCCUAACUCCUCUUCGUUGUCAAGGCUAGAGAGUUUGUACCUAGGGGAAAACCAUUUUGAAGGAAAAAUCCUAGAGCCUAUCUCAAAGCUCAUCAACCUCAAAGAUCUCGACAUUUCUUAUCUAAAAACAAGCUACCCAAUUGACUUAAGUCUCUUCUCCUCUCUCAAAUCUUUGUUGCUCCUGGAUCUUUCUGGUGUUUGGAUAUCUCAGGCUAGUUUAAGUUUGGAUUCAUACAUCCCAUCAACACUCGAAGCGCUGCGUUUGAAGCAAUGCAACAUCAGUGAUUUCCCAAACAUCUUAAAGACCCUUCAGAAUUUGGAGUAUAUUUCCCUAACCAAAAAUAAAAUCAGUGGAAAAAUCCCAGAGUGGUUAUGGAGCCUUCCUCGUCUAAGCUCAGUGUUCAUUGGAAAAAAUUGGUUAACUGGAUUUGAAGGUUCAUCAAAAGUUUUAGUAAAUUCAUCGGUGCAGAUGUUAAUGUUGGAUGCAAACAGUUUAGAAGGAGCACUCCCACAUCUACCGCUCUCUAUCAACUACUUAUCUGCAAAUGACAAUUAUUUCAGAGGCGACAUACCUCUUUCAAUCUGCAAUAGAAGCUCGCUUGAAGUCCUUGAUCUAAGCUACAACAAUUUCACCGGUCCAAUUCCUACAUGUAUGAGUAACUUCUUGAUUUUGAGACUCCGGAAGAACAACUUGGAAGGAAGUAUUCCAGACAAGUGUGACGCCAACGCACCUCUACAGUCACUCGACCUCGGAUACAAUCGAUUAAGUGGAAAGCUUCCCAGGUCCCUUCUUAAUUGCUCUGCUCUACAGUUUCUAAGUGUGGACCACAACAAAAUCGAAGAUACAUUUCCUUUCUCUCUUAAGGCUUUACAGAAACUGCAAAUCCUUAUCCUUCGUUCAAACAAAUUCUACGGCUCUAUAUCUCCUCCUAGUAAUGGUCCUUUGGGGUUUCCUGAGCUGCGAAUACUUGAGAUAGCUGAUAAUAAUUUUACUGGAAGCUUGCCCUCAGAUUUUUUUGUGAAUUGGAAAGCAUCUUCACUCACGAUGAAUGAAGAUUUGGGUCUAUAUCUUAUAUAAUAAGACAAGGUUUCUUCUUAACUUUGCCUCACAACGCGACAUGUGUCGCUCUAUGCUUCUGACAUGU